AGAUCCGUAGUCUGGCAUGUCUAGCUGUCAGGCAAUUUUUUCGCUUCUUACAUUGAAAAGAAAGCCUUGUCCUCUUAAAGGAAUUUGGCUUAAGUUUUCUUCUUAUGAUGUUCGUAAACUCGGAGCACAUGAGGCCAAGUAAGGAAGCAUGGGCGAAAUGCCUGUUAUGUGAUCUCAAAUAUGGUGUCGAUCUAAAUGGAUCUUCCAGUGCAAUUAAAUAUCCGAAAUAUACGAAAGCGCCAGAAAUUAAAAAAUGUAAAGCAGGCGAUCAUGUAUGCAUUACCCAAACAAUGAAUGAUAUAAUACGUUUGUAUCCCGACGGAAAUCCUCUUUUCAAGAUGCCGAAUUUAAAGUUGGUAAAACUCGAUAAGCUGAUAGUGUCUAAAUCGGAUAGCAAGGCGCCGUUGCAGUUGAAUUUCCAACUCUUCGACAUUAAAAUAACCGGUUUGGAUAAAGCAAAGAUAUUAGGUACG